AUGGAGGCCUCGCUUCGUGCCGCGGAACUCAAAGUGUUUGCCAAGGCCAUUCAAUGUGUGGCUCGUAUUGGCGAGGACCUGCAUCUUGAGGCCAAGGAUACGACGCUGGAGCUCAAGACUGUGAGCCAGGCCCGAAAUGCCUUUGCGCGGAUUGUUUUCCAUGAGCCUUUUUUUGAACACUUCAAGCUGCGCGCCCGCGACGCUGCCACGGGCUCAAUUGGCUGCUGCAUCAACGCCAAAGCCGUGUUGGCUGCCUUCAAAUCGCUGACCAACAUUGACAAGACCGUGCAGCUGUGCCAACUCACCCUCGACGUGGUCCAAGCGCGCCUCGUCAUCAAGCUCAUCUGCUUUUUCGAUAUUGUCAAGACAUACAACCUCUAUUACGAGGACUUUGAUGACGUUACGGUGGUCUACAGCAAGACUGACUGCCGAAAUGUGUUGGAGAACAAUCCUCGUCUUUUGCUCGAGGCCGUUGCCAAUUUCCAAAGCGGCCUAGAAGAAAUUUGCUUCGACGUCAAGACGGCCAGUAGCUCGUCUGAGGGUGCGGGCGAGUUCACAUUGGAAAACUACAUAGAGGUGGAAGAAGACCAGAACAAACCAAGCUUGAAAACAAAGUUGGAACUACACUCAUCCGAGUUUCUGACCUAUCAAGUCUUACGCCCCACCCGCCUUGUCUUCUGCCUGCAAGCGCUGAAGCAGCUGCUCUCCUUCCUUGACUCACUCAAUGAGCCCAUGACCUGUCACUUUGAUCAUUCUGGGCGACCCAUCAUCUUCAGCCAACAAAGAACAGACAUGAGUAUCGACUUUGUCCUGGCCACCCUUGAACAUGAAAACGAGUACCCGGAACCAGCCCUUCCCUCCCAGAGCAUUCGAGCCGACUCGCCGAGCCACUCCACACAUUGGGAUAAUGCCACGAGCGGCACCAUGACACAGCCACGGCGCACCCCGUUGGCCACGCCAAAUACCCACCCCGCCAACGCCCCCAACAACGGGCCGACCGCCGGGGCUUGGUCAUCACCAGCUGGCCCGCCGCACAUGAUGUUAUCGGCACCCCAACACGAGACCCCUGUCAGCCAGCUGGGUGCCGCGCUUCCCAGCGUUGGAAG